GCCUGUGUUUUCCUGACUCCCCCUUAAACGUGAAUGUUGAAGGCAAACCGGGAGGCGGAACUUCCCCCUGUUUUCCGCCGGAGAGAAGUUUAGGUGAGAGGACAGAAGGGCUUGGUCGGUGUGGAGGGUAGGACCGGGCAGUGUCGGACCCUGUACGCUGGGACGCGAUCAAACGGAGAGGACGCGCGAAAAGCUCCCCGGCGAUGUUAACCUGAAGCUCACACUGUGACGCUAGAUUUUUUUUUUUUUUUGGAAUUUUUUUUUUUUUUGAAAAUGUCAGAUGUGACCAAGACCAUCCAAAAAUGGCAUGCGAGUUUUAAAAAAGGCACGGACUUUGAUUCAUGGGGACAGUUAGUGGAAGCGAUUGAUGAGUACCAAAUACUUGCGAGGCAGUUGCAAAAAGAAGUGCAGUCGGCCAAUUCUUCAGAUUUUACAGAAGAUCAAAAGAAAACGCUGGGGAAAUGUGCCACAUGCCUGGAAAUGAGAAGCGCUUCUUUGCAGUGCACACAAUCCAGUGAGGAUUUCAAGCUGGAAGACCUGAAAAAACUGGAACCUAUUAUUAAGAAUAUCCUCACAUAUAACAAAGGUUUUCCAUUCGAUGUACAACCGGUGCCUUUAAGGAAAAUCCUCGCCCCUGGUGAGGAGGAGAACUUGGAGCUGGAGGAUGAGGAGGAGGAAGGUGUGACCGCCGGGGUGGGAUCCCCUGAGUCUUUUCCCUCCGGAGUGCCAGCCGUGCAAGGGACUCUGCUGCCACGGUUACCAUCAGAACCGGGAAUGACGCUGCUCACGAUUAAGAUUGAGAAGAUUGGCCUGAAAGAUGCCGGACAGUGCAUCGAUCCCUACAUUACAGUUAGUGUCAAAGACCUGAAUGGCGUGGAUUUAAAUCCAGUGCAGGACACCCCAGUUGCCACCCGAAAGGAAGAUACCUACAUACACUUCAGCAUGGACGUGGAGAUCCAGAAGCACCUGGAGGAGCUAUCCAAAGGGGCAGCUAUUUUCUUUGAAUUUAAGCACUACAAACCCAAGAAAAAAUUUACCAGCACAAAAUGUUUUGCUUUCAUGGAAAUGGAUGAAAUCAAACCCGGUCCAAUUGUAAUUGAACUGUACAAGAAGCCGACUGACUUCAAGAGGAAGAAGCUCCACCUUCUGACAAAGAAGCCGCUGUAUCUCCACCUGCAGCAGACUCUGCACAAAGACUGAGCAGCUCCUAGGAGUGCAGGAUGACCCAUCGGGGCCGCUUCAGGCGGACUCUGGUCCGACGGGCGGGCAGACCUCCACAAACUCGGCAAAACUCACAGGCCGGCCAGGCUUCACCCCUCUUUACUCUGUCCCGUCAAAACCAUGUGACUUGGUGACUUCCUGGCCGUGUGAUACCUACCUGAUGGCAAUAGGCUGGCAGUCCUACUGAUGCAGGGUACAUUACUCACUUCUCCAUACUGUUUUUUUUUUUAUUUUUAUUUAACAAGUGACGUCUGCCUGGCCGCCAGCGGACGGAACAUUCCGGCUAUGAGACUCACCCCCCGUCACCAUACCAGUGGUACGGCGCUGUGGAUUUUCUCCCUUCCUGACUGUCCCCCCAAGGAACCGAAGGGGCAGUUCACUAAACAGCUGACUAACAGGGUUUAUCUCUCACACUGGAUGAUCGAGGGGCACACUGCGAUUGCACUGCGAUUGCUCGGGUUUUGCUGACUGGACAUCACCGACCAGGCCCUGGCGUGGUGGAGGGCGGCCCCUUCCCCACCGGCCGGCCGUCUGAUCAUCCUGGUGAAAGGGCUUCUUACCACGAUGCUGCGUGAUCCUUAUGGUUUAUUCCCCCCUAUUCUUUUUGCCCCCCCCCCCCAUCAAUUAUGCCUUUUGUUUUCUAACGUUUUAGAUGGUUUUAAUUUUUUUAACGUCAGGAAAUGAAGACUAGCGCAGGAUGUACUGAAGAUCUCUUAAAGCACGCAGGUGCGCCGCGUGACGUCUCCAUGCUUGUCGACACCGCAAUGUGCGUUUACGAUAAACCGCAUAUUCACGUUGCUUCAAGUUCUAAUAAAGAGAAGUGCUGCUUGAGAAGUGCCUCAUCCGGACAAUGUCGACAGCAAACCUCACUACUACUUAACGCUGGAGACGUUCCUAGUCGAACCCAAGGAACACUCCCCAUAGCCCACUGUGUACCCUGGUAAGCUGCUUGCGGUACUUCAGUUUUCUCAAUUCCCCCCGCAAGUCCAGUCACUUUGGCAACGUUAUUCAGGGAUACAUCUUAGCAUUUCAUGUACCAUACAGUAAUUGUUUGUGGUUCUUUAAACUUCUUUUAAUAUUCCCGGUUGUAUAUACAAAAAUCUAGUUCUCAUUUUGAGCCAAAAGCCGGGUUGAAUCAAUCUAUUUGUAUAAACAACUUCACAACUACAUUUAAAUAACUUUUGCCUGAGUGAGGACAGCUAGGGGUCAUGGUAUUCAAAUCCACAAAGGAUACAGGCAGAGAAGCCGCUGAGCUACACACCACCCACACUUCAUGGGAUCAUUGAUAGUUUGUCAAUGCCCUGGAAACAUUGCUGAAAUGGAUACAUCUUCAGGCUAUUAUUUUACUGAAAUUAGUGACAUUUAAGAAAAUAAAACUGGGUCUGUCCAAAAAUAGA